AUCUCCAUGGACCUUCUACAUAACAGCUGCAUCUGAACCUUUUUCUUUUUCUUUUGUAUUUUAAUGUUCAAUUUUCCAUUUGGCCAUUUGUCAAACCUCCGCGUUUGCCAGCGACCGUUGACAAAAUCCCAAAAACUCUCUCUCUCUCUCUCUCUCCGCCUCCCUGUUCCUCCUCCAAUCUUCAGAUUUUGGCCUUCCUGUUUUCCUUUCACCCCGGGUUUGUGAUUGGCCCCGUUGGAUUUUCUUCAUGAAAGUAUAGAGAUUUUAUUGCUGCAAUUGUUUUCUGGACCUGUGAAAUGAAGUGGGUAUAGCUGGAUGUACUUGCAUUUCUAUUUAAAUGCUAUUGUUGCUAGGGGAAUUGGGAUUCAGUUGAAUUGUGACUUCUGACGAGUUGGAUUUAUUUUCUAACUUUGGUCUUCAAUAUGACUGGGAGGAAAAACAUGGGGCGAGUAUCACCAUUAUUUUUGGUGCUUUUGUCACUUGGUUUUUUCUUUGCAACGUAUAACUUGUUGACAUUGGUAAUACAAUAUAAGAGCUCCAAUUCAGGAGAUGGAUUGGAGUUAGCUGACCCCAUUACUGAUAUGCCUCAUGAGGUGAAGAGAUUAGGGAAGUCAAAUCCCAGAUACCAUGUUGCCCUUACAGCUACAGAUGCUCCUUAUAGCCAAUGGCAAUGCCGGAUUAUGUACUAUUGGUAUAAGAAGAUGAAAGACAUGCCUGGAUCAGACAUGGGGAAGUUCACUCGAGUUCUGCAUUCUGGAAAACCUGAUAAAUUGAUGGAUGAGAUUCCCACCUUUGUUGUUGAUCCUCUUCCAGAGGGCUUGGAUCGAGGUUAUAUUGUCUUAAAUCGACCAUGGGCUUUUGUGCAAUGGCUGGAAAAAGCAACAAUUGAGGAAGAAUACAUUUUAAUGGCUGAGCCUGACCACAUAUUUGUAAAUCCUUUGCCUAAUUUGGCACACGGAGAUCAUCCUGCUGGGUUUCCAUUUUUCUACAUUAAACCAGCUCAACAUGAAAAUAUUAUUAGAAAGUUUUAUCCCAAGGAAAAGGGUCCUGUGACAAAUGUUGAUCCCAUAGGGAAUUCUCCUGUAAUAAUAAAAAAGACCAUACUGGAGGAAAUUUCACCAACAUGGGUAAAUAUUUCAUUGAGAAUGAAAGAUGACCCAGAGACUGACAAGGCAUUUGGUUGGGUGCUAGAAAUGUACGCUUAUGCUGUCGCAUCAGCAUUGCAUGGUGUUAGGCAUAUACUUCGGAAGGACUUUAUGAUACAGCCACCAUGGGAUUUGAAAGUUGGGAAAAGGUUUAUCAUUCAUUACACUUAUGGAUGUGACUAUAAUUUAAAGGGAGAACUAACAUAUGGAAAAAUUGGAGAGUGGCGAUUUGACAAGAGAUCCUAUCUAAGUGGUUCUCCACCAAGGAACCUCUCGUUACCCCCAGCUGGAGUUCCUGAAAGUGUGGUGAGACUUGUAAAGAUGGUAAACGAAGCUACAGCUAAUAUUCCAGGUUGGGGCUAGGUAAAUGGUGAAUGAGAUUGAAGUCGGAUCACAAGUUCAUCGAUCUUCUGCUCAGAAUGUUUGCAUCCUCGUAUGAAUCUUUAUGUAUACUGUUUGUAGGGUACCAAAGAGUGGUAUAGAUAGAAAAAUAGGAAACUUUUUUUCACAACUUAUAGGAGGGAUUUGGAUUUUGACACUUGUGAAUUAAUCAUGGAAGGCCCUGAAUUCUUCUUGUACACAUCUUGCGCAUUUGAAAUUAGUUUUAAAUUGUGUAUCUUGGGAUGUUUCAAACCUUAUAAUCAAACUGAAUGUUCGUUGCUUUGUGCUA